GUGAUCUUAUUAAUUAAGAAAAGAUAUGGAAUCGGGUGGAUCUACUGAAGUCGAGCUAUUCUCUUAUUGGAGAUCAAGUUGCAGCUACAGAGUUAGAAUAGCUUUGAACCUUAAGGGAAUUAAAUAUGAAUACAAGGCUGUUAAUCUUGUUAAGGAUGGAGGGGAGCAAAAGUCAGAGGAUUACCUCAAAAAGAAUCCUCAAGGAUUUGUUCCAGCAUUAGCUAUUGAUGGCCAUACUCUUUGUGAGUCACUCCCAAUCUGCGAGUACUUAGAUGAGAAUCAUACAGGAGAUAGAAAUCUCUAUCCUACUGAUCCUUUCUUGAAAUAUAAGUGCAGACAGAUUUGUGAGAUUAUCAAUAGUGGAACUCAACCCUUACAAAAUCUUGCUGUGUUAAAGAAGAUUAAAGUGGACUUUGGAGGAGACAUGAAUGAGUGGUCAAAAUUCUAUAUUACUAAAGGACUCAAGUCAGUUGAAGCAGUUCUUGCUGACACAAAGGGAAAAUACUGUAUCGGUGAUGAACCAACGGUAGCAGACUGCUUCCUUGUUCCCCAAAUCUACAACGCGAACAGAUUCGAAGUCGAUAUGACUCAAUUCCCACUUAUCAACGAGAUCCAUGAGAAUCUCAAGGAAUUGCAGGAGUUUAAGGAUGCUCACCCAGAUGUUAUGCCAGAUGCUCCAAAAGAUUCUUAA